CUCUCCAGGGGUUCAACAUGAACAACAAAGAGACCUCCACUGAGCUCACCGAAAACAAUAAACACACGAAGAUGUUUUUGCCGAACAAACUCCUGGAAUGUGUGCCGAAGUGCACGGCGCUUCCGAAGGAGCGUCAGAGGUGGAACACGAACAAGGAGAUCGCUUCGUACUUAAUCACGUUUGAUAAGCAUGAAGAGUGGCUGUCCUGCUCCCUCAAAACAAGACCCCAGAAUGGUUCAAUCAUCGUGUACAACAGAAAGAAGGUGAAGUACCGCAACGACGGCUACUGCUGGAAGAAGAGGAAAGACGGGAAGACGACCAGAGAGGAUCACAUGAAGCUGAAAGUGCAGGGCAUGGAGUGUCUCUAUGGCUGCUACGUCCAUUCUUCCAUCGUCCCAACAUUCCACAGGAGGUGCUACUGGCUGCUGCAGAACCCCGACAUCGUGCUGGUGCACUACCUGAACGUGCCAGCCAGCGAGGACGGCUGCAAGGUCUGCGGACCCAUCCUCUGCUCCAGCAGCAGCGACCGCAGGGAGUGGCUCAAAUGGUCCAAAGAGGAGCUCAUCUGCCAGCUCAGACCCAUGUUUCACGGUGUGAAGUGGACCUGCGGCAAUGGCAUCGAACAGCUGGUGCAGCAGAUUCUGGAGAGUCACCAAGCAAAGCCACAGCCCCGGACCCACACCUGCCUCUGCAGCGGAGACCUGGGAACCCCGGGUAAUAUUCCUCACAAGUGCAACAGCACCAAGCACCGCAUCAUCUCCCCUAAAGUGGAGGAGGUGCGGCCCUGCCCCUCGUACCCUGCCCUGACCGAGGUGCAGAACCUUUCCACGGGCGAGCCAGUGCCAGACACGGACCAGGGAGGGGGUGAGGAGGGAGGAGGAGGAGGAGGAGGAGGAGGAGGGGAGAAGAGGAAGCCAACAACUCAGCAACAACGACAGCAACAGCAUAAGCCCCUGCCUCACAGGGAGGGGGGGAAGGCGCUGGGCGCACGGAUGAGUCCCGGGCUGAGCAGUGCUGGGGAGGGCUCCCCUCUCUCUUACUCCUCCAGCCAGUCCUCUUUCUCCUCCAGCCAGUCCUCCUUCGCCGGCAGCCCCGACUCUGCCCAGAACUCCCCGUCGACCGGCGCCCUCGGCAACGGUCACUACGGGGACCAGCGCGUGCCCGUCGCCGCGGUGACCGGCAGCCUACCUCAGAACGCAGUGAUCGUCAUGACGACGGGGCUAGGAGGAGGGAGAGGGGGCGGUAUGGUGGACAAUAAUGGGUUGACCCCCAGCCAGCAGCUGAUAGCAAAGGCUAACACUGUGGCAGCUGUUAGUACCAGCGCCCCCAUCUCCCAUUCCGCUACCCAGCUCCCCCCGCACCCCGAGCUGGGACCCCCGAGGGCAGCCCCCGUCAUCCUAGCCCUGGUCCCGGGCUCCGUCAGCGGGCUAAUGCUUUCGGACACCCUGGACGCCAGCAUGGAAGUCACUGAUAGUGGCCCUGCUCCCGCUGUUCCUGCGCCAGCCUCUGUCGGAACACCCCCUCCCGCCCCCGCUGCCUUCGACCCCGACUCCUUCCUCAACAGCCCCAGGCAGGGGCAGACCUACGGGGGCGCCGCCAACCAGGACUCCCUCUCCGUCAGCUUCUGCUCUCUGGCUUCCAGCCGCUCCCCGGGGGUGGUGAGCCUGGGCGAGAGGGAGAGGGAGGAGGAGAGGGAGAGAAGAGGCGGGGAGCUUUCUCAUCACCCUGCCUGCUCCUUUACCCCGGCAGCUGGGACCGCUCCAACUCCCACAGCUAACAGCAACAGGAUCGCCCACGUUGACACUAACGGUAACGGAGCAGCCCCCUCGCUCUCUGCCGUCGCUCGGAUCUCCCCGCACUGUGUUGUAGCCGACUCCGCCACCCCGAAAACCCUUUCCAGCCCGGUCUGCGUCUCUCUCUUCCCUUCCCCUCCUCAUCCUGCCUCCCCGUCUUCUAACUCCACUUCCACUUACACAAGCAGCCUGGCAGCCCAAACGUUCCCCAGCGUGCCCCUAAGCCGGGUCUCUCUGGGGCCCAGUAGCCUGGUCGUGGUCGCCACGGCUGCCAUACCUUCGGGGCUUAGCCUGGCGGAGAAGAUGGGCUGCCUCAGCGACAACCGACGCGGCAAGAGCUCCCAGCCGCCGGUUAAGGGGAACCGGUUUUUCAUCCAAGACGACGACGCCGCUGCUGGGGAAAUCGGGGUCGGGGGAACGCAUCCAGCGCGACACAGGAAGAGGAGUUCCCCCAUCGACAUCAAAAACAGGAUCCAGGAUUGCUGCAGCUCGGCCGAAGAGGAAAAGCAAAACCCAGCCUUGACUUUCCGAGCCGGCUCCACAGAAGGGGAGACGCCGAUGGACACUAACGCUGACCCGGGGAGGCCGAGGGAGCUGGAGGGAGAGGCGGGGGGCAGGGGGCAGCUGGAAGGACACUCUCCUCCUCCUCCUUCUUCUUCCUCAUCCUCCUCUUCCUCAUCACUAUCCUCUUGUUCUGCUUCAGCCGGUGCUGGAGCGUCCGAGCCGCGCGGAAACAACGAGACCGUAUCGGAUCUUUACAGCAUCAUACAGAGGAGCCUGGGGCCCGCGACCGCUGAGCCCAGUGGCGCUGGAACCGGACUGGGCCUAGGCAUGGAGGAGGAGCAGUUCGAGAUCUCCUUUGACAACCAGUUUCCGGACCUGAUUUCGGAGUUCAUCUCGGAGGAUGAAGGGAGGCGCAUGGGAGGAGAGCUGUCCUUCUGCACUUCCAUUCCUCCUCCUCCUCCCCCUCCUGCUCCUUCUUGCGGUACCACAGUCCAGCCCUUGCCCCUCUCUCUCCCCAACCCCCUACCCCACUCACAGCCUUUUCCCAUUAUGAUAUCGUCACCCCCUGCCUGCGUCACCACCCCCACGCUCGCUGGCACCGCAGUUCCCGGACUGGCCGCCGGGGGGAGUUAUCACCUGAGCCCGCAGCUGCAGCAGAUCUCCCCGCCCCACUUCCUCCCCUACCCCGAGCUGGCCGCCGGGGCUCCGUCGCCCCCUGCUGGAGGGAUGGAAGCACGGCAGCCGGUCACCAUCACCGAUUUUUCUCCGGAAUGGUCCUACCCAGAGGGUGGGGUGAAGGUGCUGAUCACCGGGCCCUGGAUGGCGGGGAGCGAGCGGUACUCCUGCCUCUUCGACCACAUCACCGUCCCAGCCUCGCUCAUCCAGUCUGGGGUGCUGCGCUGCUACUGCCCCGCUCACGAGGCUGGGCUGGUGACUCUACAGGUAGCCCAGGAGAAUCACAUCAUCUCCUCCUCUGUGCUAUUUGAGUACAGAGCCCGCAACUCCAAAACCCUGCCUAGCACCCAGAUAGACUGGCUGUCCCUGGACGAUAACCAGUUCAGGAUGUCGAUUCUGGAGCGACUCGAGCAGAUGGAGAAGAGAAUGGCUGAGAUGACAGCAUCUAAUCAGCAGCAGCAACAAACUCCACAGCACCAGCAAGCAGGACCUGGAGAGAAAACUCACCUCCAGGCGGCGGACUCCUUCGAGGAGCGCAUCAUGGCAGUGUGUGAGAAGAUGAUGACCCGGCCCUGCUGGCUGCGCUCGGAGAGGCUGGUCCACGAGACGAGCUUCCGAGGGAUGACGCUGCUGCACCUGGCGGCCGCGCAGGGCUACGGGAGGCUGAUCGAGACCCUCAUCCGCUGGAGGUACCCCCGCAACCUCCCCCCACCUCCCCCUCCAACCGCCCCCUCCGCGGGGCACACUGCUUGCACGAGAAGGAGCGUGAAUCCAGAGAGUCUGGAUUUAGAGCAGGAAGUGGACCCGCUGAAUGUAGAUCACUUCUCCUGCACACCGCUGAUGUGGGCCUGUGCUCUGGGUCACCUGGAGGCCGCGGUGCUCCUGUACCAAUGGGACCGGCUGGCCCUGGCUAUCCCGGACUCGCUGGGCCGGCUGCCCCUGUGCGUGGCUCGAUCCAGGGGGCACGUUGGGCUGGCCAGCUGCCUGGAGGAUCUGGAGAGGCAGGAGCUGAGGGCCAGGGAGGAGGAGCCAGGAGACUGGAGGCAACGGUCAGGACAGGGGCCAGCGUGGCCCGACACAGAGGGAGGCAUUGGGAGUUCUGGGAGCACUGGUGCAGAGGGAGGCUGGCUGCACUGGGCUGGGCACCACCCCGAAGGAGCGAGGGUUCCCUCCCCACUCUCCACCAGCCCCGAUACAGGCCUGAGCACCUCCAGCAGCCCCCCGUCCCCCUCCGAUCUCUCCUCUGCCCCCCCCUCCCUCUCCUCUGCCUACUCCAGCAGCUCUUUCCCCAGGGAGUCCCCCUCGGGCAGCCCCGACUCCAACCCCAGCCCAACGGAGCAGGAGGUGGCCAUGGAGAUCUCAGAGCCGGGGAGGGGGUUCGAGCAAGGGAAGAGCCUGCCCACAGACUCCCUGCAGGAUGCUGGGGGGGACCGGGAGAGGAGGGAACAGCCUCCACCACACCUCCCCGCCUGGUACCUCCAGGAAGAGCAGGCCUCUCUCCGGACCAGGGCCUCGAGUCUGCACUGCGGGCCGGCAGAGGCCUCCUUCCUCAUGGAGUACGAGGCCAGCCUGAUCGGGAGGGGGAGGGGGCCCCCCCGCGGGUUUGGGGACCCCCUGGAGGCGGAGCUGCUGAGCUACAGCGAGAACGCGGAGAACGAGGAGUGCCUGCCCGCUGGCGACGUGCUGCAGGUUGACAUGAUCACCCUGGCAGAGCAGAUCAUUAAAGCCACUCCGGACCGGAUCAAGCAGGAUGACUUUGGCUCAGCGGAGACGCCCCUGAAGGAGCGCCAGGACAACACCCCUGUCAGGGAGGGCAUGCCCUGGCUGGCCAGCUACCUGGAGAACAUGGAGCAGCUGCCAGCACUGUCCCAGCACAGAUCAGUGUGUAGCGCCCCCCUGCCUGUCCCUCCUCCUCCUCCUCCUCCUCCUCCUCCUGCUCCCUCGAACCCGUGUCUCAGCCCCGUUCACUCUCCUCUCAGCGACCUGGCCUUCGACAAGGUGGACGUCCCCACCACAGCCGACUGGUCCGAGUUCCUGAGCGCCUCGGCCGGUGUGAAGAUGGAGAGCGAAUUCGCACUGCUGACGCUGUCUGAUCACGAGCAGAGGGAGCUGUAUGAGGCCGCACGCAUCAUCCAGACAGCCUUCCGCAAGUACAAGGGUCGAAGGUUAAAAGAGCAACAGGAAAUGGCUGCAGCUGUGAUCCAGAGGUGCUACCGGAAGUACAAACAGCUAACAUGGAUAGCGCUGAAGUACGCUCUUUAUAAGAAGAUGACGCAGGCAGCCAUCCUGAUCCAGAGCAAGUUCCGCAGCUACUACGAGCAGAAGAAGUUCCAGCAGAGCCGGCGCGCAGCGGUCCUGAUCCAGCAGUACUACCGCAGCUAUAAGUACGAGAGAAUGAAGCAGGGCCCCCGGGCCGGGGGCAGCAUGCAGCAGAAGAUGAAGGGAUCCUUUCUGACGAAGAAGCAGGACCAGGCGGCUCGCAAGAUCAUGCGCUUCCUGAGACGCUGCCGACACAGGAUAAAGGAAUUGAAGCAGAGCAAGGAGUUGGAGGGCUUGUAGAAGAGGGGUCUGACCAGCUACAGGCAUCACAGAGACAGACAGACAGACAGACAGACAGACAGACAGACAGACAGACAGACCAAGAGGAGUAAGGAAGACUACAGUAAUGUUUACUCAUCCUUUUUCACGCAAUGCAAAACGACAAACAAACAAACAAAAAUAACGUACUUUUUUUUUUAAUGAAUGAAUGUUGGACUCAACUUCGGUCUUAAUUAAAAAGAAGAAAAACAAUUUUGGAUCAUUUUCUUUGUACGGAAAAGGAAGCUGAAAGACUCUGGAUUGUGCGUUUUCAACAGCCGCUAUAGACGCUGCCUCCCAACGUGAACCACAAACACAGACUCUGAAACAAACAGGGUGCUGACAGACGUUUCCACUGGAAGUCUUUCUCAGUGUCUUCAACCGGAUUCAACGAAGCCUCUUUUUAGCACUUCUAAACCCUUUGUAGUUUACGCACAGCAGUCGCUGUAGAUACUGUCGAUAACGGGUUUAUGCUUUGUACUGUCGCUGUGCUGUGUUUCUGUAUCCGUUCUGCUGCUGUUGAGUUUUGUAUAUUUUAUAGAGAGAGAGAGAGAGAGAGAGAGAGCCCUCUAAGCUUCUGGCUUUUAAUACAAGGUUCAAAUCUGUUCAAAAUGCCUUCAGGCAGAAACACGCACGUUUCUGUUCUCAUUCCUUAUGGGGGGUUAAAAGGGGUCUGGUUUUUCUGUAGAGAAAAUGAAAGCCAGCCCUUUCUGUAAAUCUGCGAUCUCUUAUUAGGCUGUGCUGCCAUCUGCUGGUUUGAAACUGCAACUGCAACAGAAAAAAAAAAAAUCAGUUUUGCAUCACCUAGAAAUUUAGGAUGCGUCAUUUAACAAAAAAAAUAUAUAUAUAUUUUUUUUAUCUUUUAUUUAACAUCAUGUAAUCAAAGAAACUACAAAAAAAAAGUCUAUACCGGAAGCCAUAAUAGUAGUACAGUAGUAUUUCAUGUCAGAUUUCUCUAUUUUCGUUCAGUAUAUAUGGAGAGUACAAAGCGGUGUGUAAUUCAGUGUGUUGACAUCAUUCAUCAGGUUUCAUUCGGCUUUGUGAAGCACAGUUAGUUCAUUCUGUAUCCAGGGUGAUGCGAAACUUGGCCAGAGCUGUAGACCAGAGCAGCGUCACUGCAGAGGCGCUCUGAGCUCAAUAAGGAUUGUAGAAACAGCAACCCUCUGUCCUUCACUCCACACGUACUUUCACAAACGCUCAGCGCUGACAGCAUAGACUGCAGUGAACCUGUAGAGUGGGAGAAUAACACACUAGAAAAACGACCUACAAGAAAAUAAAAGGACUAUACACACACACACACACACACAUAUAUAUAUAUAUAUAUAUAUAUAUAUAUAUAUAUAUAUAUAUAUAUAUAUAUAUAAUAUAUACACACACAUGCAGUCACCUCCAGAAUUAUUGGCACCCUUGAUAAAGAUGAGCAAAAAAGGCUGUAUAAAAUAAACACAGGUAAUAAGCUAUACCUUAUGCUCAAAUAUAUGGGAAAACCAGAAUUAUUCUAUUCUGUAUGUGUGUAUUUAUAUAUAUAUUUGUGAGUGUGUGUGUAUAUUAUAUUAUAUAUAUAUAUACACACACAAAAUAUAUAUAUUGUAAUGUUAUAUGCAAGAAACUAAUCACACACACAUAUAUAUAUAUAUGAUUAGUUUCUUGCAUCUAACAUUACAAUAUUGUAUAUUUUUUAAAUUAAUUAAUUUAAAGCACCUUGCUUCAUUUUUAAAUGUCCGAAUUAGCUUGAUCUUUUUCAUUAUCAGUUUUUUGUCUUUUCUUAAUACCAGCGUCGUCUCUGAUCAGCUUCGUUUAAUAUUGUGAAGCACAUAAAAAUAAUAAUAAUAAUACAGACCCAGAUCAACUUGUGAAAGCGAGUUCAGUACGAGACCCUGCGCACACACCAAGUCUGCUGAAAACUGUGUUUUUUUAAAUUAUUUGAAAAAAAUGCACAGUACUGUAAAUGUGAUUAGCACUGGCUUUCGGACUGAUGUCUCCUCACACAGUAAGCUGGUACUGUGAGACUCCUGUUCCACAGCAGUGUCACCCAGUCCAGGUUUUACUACCAGCUUGAUCAGCCCCCAGUGUGUCUGGGCAACAAGCUCAGGUGUGUCUUAUUAAACUCGCAGUAAAACCAGGAAUGGAUCAAACCGCUAUGCAACAGGAGUCUUGUUUCCAUCCCUGCUAAUACCCCGUUGAAAACGAGCGAGGAAGCAGCUGGUUUUUCUCAGCCGUUUGCAGAGAGCAGCAGUCAGAACGAAUUCAAGCAUCUGUUUCCUUCGGAUGCCACAUCAGCUUGAAUUCUGUGCAAGAGAACGAGAGCUCGCCUCUGUAUCUUCGUGUAGGUCGUUUUCCCGUUUUCUGAGCUUCUAGUCUGGUUUUGAUUUUAACAGAGAAGCUAGUAGGAUGUAAAAAAAAUUAAUCUCGAGGUAGGUUUUAAAAAGACGUGCAGCAUACUGUAAAUAUUGUAAAAUACGAAAAUUGUUGCUGAGAAUAUAUUUAAGGUAAAGAAAACCGAGCUUGCUUAAUACUAAGAAAAUAUUAUUAUUAUUAUUAUUAUUAUUAUUAUUAUUAUUAUUAUUAUUAUUAUUAUUACUACUACUAAUAAUGCAUGACCAUUAUGCAAAAAGGAAGUUGUGUGAUACAUACAAAUAAUAUUGAAAACGAAGCUGUUUAUUAACUAUUUAUAUACUUUUGCAUGAAGUUUGUUUGUACAAGUUUGCAUAACUUAAAAAAAAAGACGACACAAAAUGCCGAAAAUAAAUAAAUAAUACUGAAUGGUUUUGUUUUUGUCUUUUGGUGUAAAAUGGUUUCUUUGCCGAGUCCCGCUGCAUUCGUCUCGGUUGAGACUGUUUAAAUAUUUCUUAAUAAAAACAGAAAUGAACACA